UCUUUUUUUCUUGCGUUCGUUGUUUCCGGCGGAGGACUUUCCUCGAGACUCCAAACGGAAGCGGCUUCCUCGGUUGCUGCCACGUCGGAAUCUUUGGCGAAUCCUCUCAUUUCUGUCUUUAUAGUUGGAAAAAACUUUGGAUUCGGAGAGCGUGUGGACAGUUUACAGUCAUGGUUUCCGUCAUCAACACCGUGGACACCUCCCACGAAGACAUGAUCCAUGACGCUCAAAUGGACUACUACGGUACUCGCCUGGCAACCUGCUCCUCCGACCGAACCCUCAAGAUCUUCGACGUGAGGAACGGGGGCCAGAUACUGGUGGCGGACCUCAGAGGGCACGAGGGUCCCGUCUGGCAAGUGGCGUGGGCCCACCCCAUGUUUGGCAACAUCCUGGCUUCUUGCUCCUACGACCGCAAAGUCAUCGUCUGGAAGGAGGAGAACGGCGCCUGGGACAAGAUGUACGAAUACACGGGACACGAGUCGUCAGUCAACUCCGUCUGCUGGGGUCCCUAUGAAUUCGGGCUGAUUCUGGCAUGCGGCAGCUCCGACGGCGCCAUUUCCCUCCUGACUCUCACAGGAGACCAGCAGUGGGACGUGAAGAAAAUUAACAAUGCACACACGAUCGGCUGCAACGCAGUUAGCUGGGCUCCCGCCGUGGUCCCAGGCAGCCUGAUCGAGCAGCCGUCAGGACAGAAACCAAACUACGUCAAACGUUUUGUGUCCGGAGGCUGUGACAACCUGGUCAAACUCUGGAAAGAAGAAGAGGGCCAGUGGAAGGAGGACCAGAAGCUGGAGGCCCACAGUGAUUGGGUGAGAGACGUGGGCUGGGCUCCUUCUAUUGGCCUGCCCACCAGCACCAUCGCCAGCUGCUCCCAGGACGGCCGCGUGUUUAUUUGGACGUGUGACGACCCUGCCGGCAACACGUGGACGGCCAAGCUGCUGCACAAGUUCAACGACGUGGUCUGGCACGUCAGCUGGUCCAUCACGGGGAACAUCCUGGCCGUGUCCGGGGGAGACAACAAGGUGACCCUGUGGAAGGAGUCCAUGGACGGCCAAUGGGCAUGCAUCAGUGAUGUCAGCAAAGGCCAGGGUGCCGUCUCCUCCAUCACAGACACGCAGCAGGCUGAGCAGUGACACACACGCACACACAAAUCUGGCUUUGGCUUUUUGCAUAAAGCGACUAUUUUAAAGUUCCUUUAUCCCUCAUGUGGCUGAACAUUCCACCCCCCGCAGUGUCAUGUUUGGAUCACAUGACCUGUCAUAUCAUUGCAGAACCACAAAUGUUUCCUACUUGUAAUUAAAACAUCUGAAUAUUAGUGGAACAAUGUGUGUGCAUUUUGUUGCCUGUAGAUCACAUGUGUCAAACUCAAGGCCCAGGGGCCAUAUCUGGCCCGCCACCUCAUUUUAUGUGGCCCGCAAAGGCCUGGAACUACCAUGCGUCUAUUUGACUCUUAAUGUUGUAAACUUUCUAUUUUGACAGAAAAAAAUACAUGUACGGUAUGCAAUUUCAUAUACCGUAUUUUUCCGCACUAUACGGCGUACUUAAAAUCAUUUUUUUUCUCAAAUCUCGACAGUGCGCCUUAUAACCCGGUGCACCUAAUAAUUCUGGUUUUGCUUACCGAACUCUAGGCAAUUUUAUUUGGUACAUGGUGAAAUGAUAAGUGUGACCUGUAGAUGGCAGUCAAACAUAAGAGAUAUGUGUAGACUGCAAUAUAAUGGCAGUAUGACUCAAGUUAACUACACCAACAUUUUACAUGUUCCAUUGAAAAUAUAGAACAUUACACACAGCACUCAAAAAUCUAUCAAAAUGUUUUAGUAGGACUAUGAAGCCACACCGCUUGAUGGAUUGUACUGUGCUUCAACAUAGGAUUAUUAUUCUGGUGUGUGUGUAGAGUAAGAAAUAUCUGGUGUUUUGUUUCGCAAUAUUAUGCAAAAGCAACUUUUCUUACCUUCUGGUACCUGCUGAUCUGUAUUUGGGAUCUGCAUAAAUCCUGAAAAAUUGUGCACGUCCGCCUUGGUAGUCUGUAGUUGAUAAGCUUCUUCUCUAUCUUCUUGUUAUGGGACAUUCAUCCUCCGCUGUUGCCAUUUCUAAUAUAAAGUAGUGUAAAGUUCUUAC